CACCACUCACGAAUCACUUCCUCAACAUGGGUGUCAUCAACCGCCCUCCAAUCUACUUGAACGCGCACCCUCUGCCAACGCCUCCUAGAGACCUGAAGCACGAGGUAUCCGAGCUCUCCGUUUCCGAGUGUCCGCGUCCGGGCAAGAAGCAACGGAACACAUAUGAGAAGCUCACCCCGCUACACAGAUCGCAAGAUGAACAUGGAAACCAAGGAGAAGGCGAACUCGUCCAAGACCACAUGAGAGGUCUCUCACCAGAGGAGUGCGACCUUUAUUCCUCACCAGAGUUGCUGGAGAAGCAAGACGAGCCGAAGUGCAACGCUCACUCUAAAGACUUCGCGGCUUGCUCGCCGGAUUUGCUGAAGGAUUGGGAAGAGAAAUUGGUCGCCCAGUCAAAAGAUCUCGGUCGUGAGGCGGUUCCACUGGACACGGAAUAUAAAAGCGGCUUCAAUUGUUUGCAGAACAUGGGAGAUAGUGUCAUGGAGUCUUUGAAGCGGUACCAAGAAUGGUAUCGAAAGAAGGACCAGCACAUAAUCUUCAAGAACAGAGCGAAGAAAUUGCUCGACAAGAAUUGGGAAAUUGAAUGUAAGGCGAUGUUGCAUUUAUUCGAGGCCACGCUGCGCUGCCGGAAUUGCAACGAGUGCCACUUGCAAGAGACGUUUAUCGAAAAGUGCAACGCUUUGAAAGCAGGACUCGAAGGUGUAGAUUCGAACACGGUAGAUCAAGCUCUCCUUGACCGCAUCAAGGACGAGGCCCGGAAGAUGGGCGGGGAGCAUCUUGCGGCGGUGAAGGAAUCAAGAUGCCAGGGUAUUAAAACAGUGUGGCAGAUCGGUCAGACGUUCUCGCGAGAUAGAGCAGACUCGGGAGUCGAUUUGGCAAACGAGCUUGAGACGGAAUAA